AGAUGUUUUUAUGACAUAGGCGGGGUGGAAAUGUUUGUUUAGUCUGCAUAGAGCAUGCUCUCAUGAAGUAUAAGGACAUGCCUAUAUGUUCUGUAAUUUACAGCUUCUGCCAAUUAAAACUAACAGUGAUUUGUGUCGGGUUCAUAUCACUAAUGAUACAACAAAACCUGUCUGCAUGAUGUUGUUUUGUUCUUUACAUGUUCACAUGCUAUUACUCCACAGUGAAAUAGAUUCAUCCUGUACAUUUGCCUCCACACCUGAAACUUUGAUUUUGCAGCUUUGUCUCUUUCCUUUCAGGUGCCACUUCAACAUUGACUUCACAGAUUCCAACGUGACAAUUACAGCAACAGUGUCAGAAGCUUUAGCAGAAAGAAUACUGUCCCUAACUGUCGACCAAAUAUAUGACAAAGUUGUUGUCCAGAAACAACCACUGUCUAUUGCCGGUAUAAAUCGCCAACUUGAUCGUGAACUGUUUAAACUGCAAUUACAAAAGUCAGCUUUCAGAUUUCCAGACCAAAAACCAGAUGCGCUAGCUAUUGCGUCAUUCACUAAAACAGAACAAACAGGUAAGAGGAAGAAAAUUGAACCAUCCACACCCGCGAAAAAGGAUUGAAAGUAACAAUACUUUGAUAUUUCAUCUGCUACCAUACUCUAUUUCCUGUGUACCGGAGCUAUGACAAUUACUCAAACAUUUAUUAUGAAUUCAUUAUCUUACCAUUUCAGCAUUACUAAUAACAAAUAAGCAGGUCUAGCUUACACUGAAAUAUACAAUAUCUACUCAACACAAUCAUGUAAAUAGAAUAAUCAUAUGCCCCUUUACUGCACCACCAGGAAAAACUAUUUACUUUUGGUGUUUCCAGAGGUUUACCUUGUAUUAGUUUUAGUUACUUUUGGCAUUUCUUUCAUCGGAUACAUAAAUUGGUUUUAAAUUCUGCCUUGCUUUCUUUCAUCAUCUUCUUUAUCUCAGGUGAGUUUCAAUUUAUUACCGCUACAUAUACCUUUGUACUAUUAAUACUUGCAGGUGGUUUAUUGAUAUACUCACAACGCACGUAAGUUGUUUAAUAAAAAUCCUCUUAUCAUAAAACAGUAUGACAAAAAGCUACUUUGUUACUUUUGUUUUUGCUUGUAACUUAAAGACAAUGUACAAUUUAACUAUUCCAGAUUGGUUAAGCGCUAAAAUCUCGAGCAACAUUCUAUUCGGAAAUAAGCUACUUACAUUAACUAUCCAAUAUUUACAUCCUAAAAUAUACUCUUUUAUGUGGACAUUGUAAAAGAAUAAUUACAUCAGAGUGUGGACAUAUUCUUGGAGUAUGUAUUUUCUUGAGUUGUAACUUUUCCCCAAGGUUUUGUGGCGUGAUGCUAACCUAACCUUUCGGAUAAAAAGCUUAUUUGGUUUCUCUUUAACUGUUGAUGUUUAAGUGCUAUAAAGUUUGGGUCUUUCGGAGAAUUUGAUGGCUCAACUUCGGUUUUUACUAAGAAAUUUAGCUUCCUGUCUUUGUUUUUUGCAGGUAUAUGAAGAAGUUAUGGAAUUUAAUUAACCUACAGUACUCUGCAGGUUUGUUAUCAUCUCGGCUCUCUAUAUGUACCUCAAUCUGCAUAUGUUAUGUUUAGGUGCUAGAUUUUCUCUGAAUGAAGCAUCUGUCUUUCGCAAUUAAAAAAGGUUAAAAGGGAAAAAUGUAUUUUUAUCGAUCAUAGGUAGAUAAAGAAUGAAGUUGCUGCUUCAAAGGCUAUGCGCACCUUUCAUAGAUUCUGGUUGUUUGAUAGGCUGCUUAUGGAGAUAUAUAAUAGCUG